AACUGCGCCAUCUUGUUGUUCUUGGAGUUURAGUGUCGUUUGUCAAAGAAGAAUGCCAAAAACUACUAAUAUAGAAAUAACAAAGCGAUAAAUGGCCCGUCUUUARCACAUYUAGCUAUUUUUCUUUGAUUUCGUAAUGUCUGGUCCMMGAAUUACGCGGAAAGUGACGGUAGAAGUUGGCAAGAAAGUCACUGAGAACGUUCCUUCGUCUGUUGUUCAACAAUCGGCGUCUUCUUCUUCAUCGAGUAGCACACGAAGGAGUGUUUUUGACCGAUUAGGACCCGGUGCUGUAGAGAGACCCAAAGCACGUGAUACAUACACACCAGAUAAGUGUCGUAACUGGYUGCGUGAUGGCAGAUGCCCAUAUGGCAGUAACUGUAAAUUCUUACAUGGUCCAUAUACUGAUCCAAAGCCAAGAACUAAAAGUGUGAGAAGUAUUGUUCACAGUGGAUCUAAAGACAGAUAUGAUGAUUCAGAUGAGAAACAGCAAAUGUACCACUCCAGAAGCUUUGACAGUGCAGAUUUUGAUGAUGAAGACAUAAAAGAAACUCCUAAACUAAAGAGACGACACAAAUCAGAAGAAGAUCUAUCAGACACAUCCAUCAAAAAGUCAACAAAAAUAAAAAAGAAACGCAAGGAAGAUGUUGAUGAAGAUGAUGAAGCAAAAAUUAAACGCAAGCGGAAGGCCCAUCGAAAGCGAGAAGCCAGUCCGAAACUCCAGGCACGUGCUUCUAAUGAAGAUGAAGAAGAUUAUGACAGAGCUAAGAACGAGAGGGACUGGGAAGAGCAUGGUGACCUUGACUUUGAGCGUCAGCUUGAAUUAGAGAGGCGAAGACAAGAUCUACAGAGACAGCUGGCACUAAUGGACGAAGAGGAUGCUGCAGCUAGUACUGGUGAAACUGAAUGGAAAGGRAAAGAAAAAGAGGAGGAUCAUAGAAAGGUUCCYAUCAUUCAUAGCAAACUGCAUCCUCAACCAUCCCCCUCGACUCCAGAUGGAGAUACUCCUACGCAAGUUGUCAAAAAGAAAAAGAAAAAGAAGCUCGAUUCGGAAGGCAAGAAGAUCAAAGYAAAGAAAGAAGCGUCUCCGAGGAAGAAAGAAGAAAUCAAACAUAACACAAGUGAAACAGUCGAAGACGAUAACAUGGUCAAAAAAGACGAGACAGUUGGUAAAAAGAAGAAGGCUGUUACAGAAUACGCCGUGUCUAGUGAUGAAGGUGAUGGACAUCCCACUGUUGGGAGGAAUUCCAGAAAGGUUUCCCGACACGCAGAUGAAGCUCAGCUCAAUGAACCGCACGAUAGUCCGCCAAUCCAACGGCCCGAUGAACGAAAACGACCCGAAGACGCCCAAAUAAGGCAUAAGCGAGAGGAAGCCAAGCCCACGAAAGACAGACGAAAAAUUGAACUGAGUUCUGAUGACCAGAGACUUGUCGAUGAAGCUCGUCCACGACGACCACGUGAAACGAGUCAAGAUUAUUACCCUUCUACAGACGAACAAGACGAAGGAGGUAGAAAAGUGCGCGUGAGAGCAACUGGAGCGAGAAGACCUAACGAACCCAAACGUAUCGAUGAAGGAAUAACUGAGGACAGAGGUAGACGUCGAGAGGGAGACUCGCGUGGACCGCGUACCCCCUCCCCUCCMGCUAAUGCAAAGGAUGAUAGGUAUUAUUAUGAUGAACAACAGGAUGAUGCUAAAAAGAAAAGAGUGCCGCGUGGACCUCCUCGAAGUCCUCCRAGAGAACCCACGCGAGAUGAAUCAGUUCACCGAAAAGAGCAACGUGGWCGGSCAGACGAUCCUCAUAUCAGAGGUCCUCGAACUCCUUCUGAUGACGAAGGGCACUUCACUCCUCCACCAGGUCAAGUGGACAACAGCCGCAGUUCUCGAUACGGAGAACGAGAGCGAGGACCACCACGACGRGAAGCUAGAGUACCAUUAGGCGAWCAARGUGAACAGAGGUACCCCGACAGAGGAGGGCGUGGCAAUAUGGACACUGACUAUGAAAGGAGAAAACCGCGCGAAGACGAUAUGCGUGGAAGAAGACCUCCGGACUAUCCACGGAACCGAGAMGAUGAAUAUCCGAAACACCGAGGACGUGACGAUAAUUACCCGAGAGASAAUCGAGAGGAGGAGUUCCCUCGACAUCGCGGAGAGCGUGAAGAAAUCAAAGAUGAUCGUGACAARUACCGCGAUGAAAGACCCGAUGACUUUCCUGUCAGAUCUCGUGCUCGAGAUGAACCUGAUUUCCCGCGAAGUCGAGGUCGAGAUGAACGAGACGAUGAAGUUAGAGGUCGUCCUCCGCAACGUGAUGUUCACCGCAGAAUGCAUGACGAUCCCGAGGAACGGGACAGACCCCGAGCUGACUACGACAGUCGUGGUCGUUAUGGACCUUCCCCAACCCAACCGCCGCCAAGAGGUCGUUCUCCACUACAUCGUUAUGAAGAUCGGCGUCGACCUGACGAGACGUUUCGUUCUGGACCAGGAGGAAGAGAUSCCCCUGGUAGAGGGCGAGCUGUCGGUAGAGGUAGAAGUGCCUAUACCUCACCAUAUGAUAGCAGAGGAAAGAUGGUGGACACACGAAGACGAUCACCUCCUCCACCCGGCCCUAGGUCUUCUUACCAAGACAGRGAUCGUGGACCAYYACGAGGAAGGGAUGUUCCUAUUGGAAGAGGAAGAGGAUUCAUGGAGAAAGGAAGACCUCCAAAUGAUCGSUAUCGUGAUCCAAGUGCACCAUGGGAUAGACGUGGGGAACGUGAUUAUCCUCCACGUGAUCCAGCUGUUCGUGAUCGUCGCGCGCGAGAAUCCCCACCGCCACACCCAACGUAUCGAGACGAAAGACCRUGGGAGGAGAAUGAGAGAAGAGAAGCACCACAACGUCCUGGAAACUUUCCUGCACCGGAACGCCGUGGUCAGUAUGAUACCAAUCAUGAUGGUAAAGCUAGAAURGUAAGCMGAGAACGGCAUUCCUUGGAAYGUGGAGCUCCCGAAUGGGAGUACGAGGACGAUGCAAAUCAAGCUAAACCCAUACGUAAACGUCCUCGACCCGUCGCCGGGAGAUCUGAGUCUCCAUUUGAAGCAAAGAAAGUUCGUGGUCAGUCCCCAAUCUCYCCUGAUGAAGGCCCUGAUGUUGAUGAUGUUGCUGCURCUGUCGCUGAACAGCCUGACAGACCCAAGAAAGCAGCAGUCGGUACUAAGGAAAUCAAGAAAAUUAAGAAAAAGAAGAAAGAAGGUAAAGUUGCAAAGGUGGCUGCUGUUGAAGGACAAGUCGAAGGUACURCCACCGAUGAAACUAAACCAAUCAAAGGRGAGAAAAAGAUCAAGAAAGAGAAAAAACUAAAGGAGAAAGGAGCYAAGAAGAAGAAGAAGAUCGCAGUGACCGCCGCAGCCGCAGCCGCCCAAGCAGUUCCUCCAUUAGAGGAAGUWGCAGGUGACGUACAGCCUGUGGGCGAUAUUGAACAAACGCCAACUGACAACGACGUUCAGCCUAAAAUUGUCAAGAAACGUAAACAAGUUACUGCUACAGAWAAUGACGCGCUGAAAGAGCCCGACAAACCCAAGAAAAAGAAGAAAAAGAAACAUCAACCUGAGGUACUUGUACAACCUUGGAAUGAUCUAGAAGGCGAAGAAGACCAGCAAGAAGAGGCGCCAAAGGCUGACGAGAAACCAGUACCGGAAAUYCCUCCAGAAAAGACUCAAGACGACGUGUUCAGUGACUGGAGCGACGAUGAUAGUCCUGUAGGUGAUGACUCUUGGCUCGAUCAAGACAAUCAAGAMAGUCAGCAGUCAACUAUCGAGAAUAAAGACGAGCCAAUCAAAGAUUCUCCUGUGUCAGACCACAAGGGACCUUCGUUUGACGAUGUKUACGAUCCGAUWAGUGACGACGAGUUUGACGCCAUGUACACACAUAGUGACGAUGAGGAAAUUACGAAAGAYGACAAAGAGACAACYAAGGCUUUGGGUGUGGAAGACGUUGAUUGGAGYUCUUUGGGAAUCUCUCAUGAUGUUAACAAAGAAAAAGAACCAGUUUCACACUUAGAAAGAUUCAAACCUUCAUAUGUUUUCUCUCGUAUUGGUAUAUCRCCUGCCYUAGCUGGUCAGCGCCUGACUCAGCUUGUACUUGACGCAUGCGCCAAAGCAAGCGACAGCGAGUCAAARAAAGGAGAACAACUUUGUAUCCCAGAAGAGGGACCUAAAAGCAUYGGUGCUUUUGUAGCWGCUGCKGCAGCUAAGAAGCGUGAGCGCGAAGGACUACUGGGUAAUCUUGGCCCAUGUCGACGGGCGCUGUGUGCUAGACGUGACUUAGCGAUAAGAAAACAGCUUGGGAGAUCKUCUAAGUAUGGUAAACUGUCCCUUUUCGCCGCAUCACCGACAACACCAGGUGAUAACGAACUGUUUCAAAUGAGUGUUGCUCUCUAUAAAAAAGAAUCGGCGAACAAUGAUGGCGUUCGAAUAAUUCCCUCAAAAGUUGGGUCAAUAUUACUUUCUCAAGCAUAAUAAGAGCCGUAUUAUUGGGACUCCUGUGGUGUAAAAUAGUCUGGUGGAUUAGAGGCAACUAAAGUAAUUGUGUCAGAAUAUAUUUGUCAUUAUAUUGAGGGAUGUAUGGGAUUUACGAGUCCUGUCCAGUCAAUCAUGUUGCAGUAUCGUAAUCAUACGUUUUGUAAAAAUCAAAUGUCAAAGUYAAACUUCAUGUUUAUUAUUAAAAAACUGUACAAAAGCCUGAGAAAUAGCA